AUGGCGUGGUGCAAAGUGUGCAGCGCAGACGUGGAGGUGGAGGAGGACUACGCGCAGGGAUACUCGUGCUGUGUCCAGUGUGGAACUGUGCUUGCAGAUGCCACUUACGCCACUGACGUCACCUUUGCUGCUGAGGGAGGGGUGGAGGGUCAGCUACUUGCUGAAGAGUCUGUUCGUCACAUAGCAGGAGGGGAAGAUGCGUUCUCUGGCCAGCAGCAUCGAGGUCGAAUGGAGAUCUCCCUGCUUGUGGACCAGCUCCACAUUCGCCCAAGAGAGGACACGAUCGAGGCGUCCCUGCGGCUGUACAAGCUGGCAGUGCACAGAGGAUUUCUUCGGGGCAGACGGGCAGCGCAAGUGGCAGCUUCAUGCAUUUACAUAAUCUGUCGACAGGACAAGAAGCCUUUCCUGCUCAUUGACUUUUCUGACGCCUUGCGCAUCAACCUUUUUGUCCUUGGAGCAGUGUUUCUGGAGCUCUGCGUAUUGUUCAGCUUGGAUGACCACCCAAUCAUGACAAGCCCUGUGGACCCCAGUCUGUACAUUCAUCGCUACGCUGACAAACUGCGGUUGGGCGCCAAGAUGCAGGCUGUGGUGAACACCUCCCUGCACCUGACGAAGAGCAUGAAGAGAGACUGGAUGCAGACGGGCAGGCGGCCCUCGGGUGUGUGCGGGGCGGGCCUCUGGCUGGCGUGCCACAUCCAUGGUUGCCCCCGCACAAAGAGGGAAAUCGUCCGCAUCGUUCAUGUUGGCAUUAUGACCGUUGCCCGCAGACUGGAUGAGUUCUCAGUCACCAAGUCUGGCACGAUGAAGCCGCAAGAGUUCGAAGCAACAGUGGCACAGAUGGACCAGGAGGAGCGGCGUGUGCUGGAGAGCAUGCAGCCUAAGACGCCAGCAGAACAGAAUGAUGAGCACUGCUGCCUCCACAUACGGGAUGGCCAGGCACAUUUUGCACAAGGAAUGUGCCGGGAGUGCUACAUGAACUACGUUGCCAUGUCGGGAGGAUUGCCUAGUGAUGGUGCGGCAGACCCUCCAGCAUACACGCGGGGUCUGAUUCGAAAACGAAAGAGGAGAGGUGUGAAAGGAGGUGUGAAAAAGGUCCUAAAGAUGCUGCGCCUUGGCGACGAGGAAGAGGAGGAGAUGGACGACCUGGACACCCAAGAACCUGCCCAGGUUAAGGCCGACAUGGAAGCGAUCUUGCAGCAAGGGGAACUGCACCAAAUGGCCAGCGAGAUGCCAGAAGACCCCCCCGAGGCGAUACCAGGUGCAGACGUGCUGGGGUACGUGGAGCCCUCUGGGGAGGUGCCCACAGUUUCCCACACCCAACUGAGUGACAGCGAGGUGGGCGACCUGGCAGGCCAGAAUCUGUCGUGCGUGGAAAGGGCAGUGGCCAAUCUGGCAGGGCAAUCUGUGGGAGCCGAGAGCGCGGCGAUCACAGGCUGCGAUCCGCUGCCUCAACCCGGAGAUGCUGUCACCUCGUCCCUUGCUGCCCAGCAGCAUGGUCAUCGAGAUGACGUGUCCUACACUGGGCUGGACGAUGAUAUGGGCCCGGAUGGCUUUGACGACCCGCUGGACGUGUUGGAGCCCCUGGACCCCGAGGUGCUGGAUGGCCUUGUGGAAGAUGAAGGCCUGGUGCGCAAGGGGGGUGAGGGGGAUGGGGGUGGUGAAGUGGACACGUUGUCAGACGUUGAUGAAGAGGACUUGGUGGGGUACAUUCGAACAGAGGAGGAAGCAAGGCUGAAGGCAAGGGUGUGGAACGAGAUGUUCAGGGAAUACCUUGAGGAAAAGGCUUUCAAGGACGCAACUCGCGAAAAGGAGGGCGAGGUCGCUGACCAGGGGGAGCAGGAGCCGCAGAAGAAGAAACGCAGGGGCCGGAAGAAGAAGGACAAGAACGGUGCGCCCGCUGCGACUGCACUGGAGGCAGUGAGGGGAGAGCUGGAAGCACGAGGGCUGAGCAAGAAGCUGAACUACAGCAAUCUGGAGGCGCUGUUUGACGAGGAAGGAAUGGGCCAGUCCAGCCAGGCAGGCACAGAUGUGCGGCCGAGGGACGACAGUCGAUGGAGGCAUGGGGAGCAGGCAGAAGGGUCACAGCACCAGAGGCGGGGCCUUCAAGGUUUUCAGAGGGCAGCGCAGGGCGAGUUCUUGUUGCACUUAUCAUCGCGAAGGCAAGCCUCAGAGAGAACACCGAAGAAGAGGCUGCUUGGGUUGAAAUGA